CGUAGUACAAAUUAAAAUCAAUUAAAAGCAAUCAAAGCGCUCGAAUAAAAAGCAAAAAGAAGAGCACUUAGCACCCAGCGAAUUGCCCUGAUUCCGGUUUUGAUAAUACUUUGGCCAAAUACCUGAUACCUGUACGGCAAACAGAAUGUGGCGACACCUCCGCCCUAUCACAAGCAGAUCCAGCUUCAGUAAAAUGCGCAGUUUCUCGGCUUUGGUGCAGAGCAAGGCUCUAGUCAAUGGCAACUGGAUAGACUCCAGCAACAGCGCCACCUUCGAGGUGAGGAACCCCUCCAGCGGCGAGGUGAUUGGGAAUGUGCCCAACAUGACCGUGUCGGAUGCCCAGGAUGCCAUCAAUGCGGCCAAGCAGGCAUACGAGUCCAAGGAGUGGCGCUCUCUGACAGCCAAAGAUCGCUCCAACCUUUUAAAGAAAUGGCACAAACUCAUCGAGCAGCAUAGCCAGGAGAUAGCCGAGAUAAUGACCGCUGAAUCGGGCAAACCCAUUAGCGAGUCCAAAGGGGAGGUGGCCUACGGCAAUGCCUUUGUCGAAUGGUUCGCAGAGGAGGCUCGUCGCAUCUACGGGGAGAUCAUUCCCAGUCCUGUGGCUAAUCGUGAGAUCAUUGUAAUGAAGCAGCCCAUUGGUGUUGCAGCCCUAAUCACACCCUGGAACUUUCCACUGGCCAUGAUCACCCGCAAGGCUGGCGCUGCUCUGGCUGCGGGCUGUACCGUUGUGGUAAAGCCCUCAGAGGACACACCGCUGACCGCUCUGGCUGUGGCCAAGCUGGCCGAGGAGGCGGGCAUUCCCAAAGGAGUGAUCAAUGUGGUCACGACCAAUAAGGCGGCCCCCAUUGGCGACCUCUUCUGCAAGAGUCCAGACGUUCGCGGCAUCUCCUUUACCGGAUCCACGGAGGUGGGCAAGCUCCUUUUCCGCAACUCGUCGGAUGGAAUCAAGAGGAUAUGCCUGGAGCUGGGCGGCAACGCGCCAUUCAUUGUUUUCGACUCGGCUAAUGUGGAGAAGGCCGUCGAGGGAGCCAUGGCAUCCAAGUUCCGUAAUUGCGGCCAGACCUGCGUCUCGGCCAACCGAUUCUUUGUGCAGGACGGCGUCUACGAAAAGUUUGUGACGCAGCUGAAGCAGCGAGUGGAGGCGCUCAAGAUCGGCGAUGGUAAGGCCAACGAUGUCCAGAUCGGACCCCUCAUCAACCAGAUGCAGUUCAAGAAGGUCGGCGGCUUUGUGGAGGAUGCUCGCGGCAAAAAGGCGAACGUCAUAACAGGAGGCAAGCCUUUGCCAUCGAUUGGGCCGCUCUUCUAUGCGCCCACUAUCAUCACAGAUGUCCCAGCCACGGCCCAGCUUUACACGGAGGAGGUAUUCGGACCCGUCGUCUCCAUCAUCCGCUUCAAGGACGAGACGGAGGCCAUACAAAAGGCAAACGACACAAGACGCGGCCUGGCCGGCUACUUCUACAGCGAGAAUCUGCAGCAGGUCUUCAGGGUGGCCAAGCGCCUUGAGGUGGGGAUGGUGGGCGUCAACGAGGGUAUGAUCUCGACCGCAGAGGCGCCAUUCGGCGGCGUCAAGGAGUCUGGCGUAGGACGCGAAGGCUCCCAUCAUGGCAUCGAUGAUUAUGUGGAUAUCAAGUACAUUUGCAUGGGAAAUCUGAAGUACGAUUGAAGUUCAAGGAGCCCGCAGCACAUGCUUUCAUUUGCAGUCUUCCAUUAGAUAAAAUACAAUUUGUUGUUUGUUGCAUACUUGUAAAACACGCCGCUAUAUAAAUACAUUUAAAUUGAAAUGUGCGCGCUUAA